GCAGCGACCGACAGCAGGGUGGUUUACAGAACCAGCAAGCCCCGACAGUGGCCAGUGGCCGAGUGGCGAAUCAACCUUUCGCCGAUAAGAGCCGCGUCGUGUCCCCGAUCCUCGUACAGGUUUCUCCUCCUUUCGACGAAUCGUGAAAUCGAAAUUUACCAGUGCAACGGAACAGCACGGGAAGUGAUCUGGAUCACGAUUUUCAAAACUACCGCCCGAUGCUUCCCACUCGUCGUCAUCAUCUGUACUGAACGCUGGCUACUCUACGAGUGGUAGCACCCUUUGGGGACCGAUGAUUAUUCGGGGACCAAAGUGGUUAGAAAUCCAGUCGCGUACCACGAUCCAGGCGGGCGUGGUUUGAUGGAUAUUCGAGGGACCUUCCGGCGGAUGUGGCUACUGGGCCGAUAAGCUGGCUCUGUACUAUCGUGAUAAGGGACUCUGGGCUGGUUCCAGGAGGGGUUCCACGGGAUCCGGCUGCGACAGUUGCUGCAUUCGACAAAGAGGAUCGCAACGAUAGAAUGUACAGCUGAUCGGAAUGACGAGGCAAUCUCUGGUGAUCCUAUGCUGCUACCUGUACACGCUCUUUGACAUGGCGGCCCUACAUUUUCCUACUCCGGAGAGGAGAAUCGAGUCGAAGAUGGACGCGAUGAAUUCGUUCUCGUUGCAAAAGCUGGCGACGGUACAAGCUGCCCAAGCAUCACCCGCGACUGUGUCGAGUUUCAGCGAGGAAAUAUGCGAACCGGUACUUUCCACGGAGGUCGAAGGCUGGCAUAUUAAGGUCGAUAGCCUAUCGUCCAGUACGUUUCGACUUUCGGCGAGAAAGCGUGGGUACCGAUUCUUUCCGAAGAUCGAAAGGGAGUCGGAUCUCGAGGAGUACGGCAGGAAGGAGGCCUCUUUGUCACUGAGAGACAUCCUACCAUUGAAUCCGAAGCAGUACGACAAGCACAGGGCGCCGAAGUUCUUGGGGCAGCCUACUAUCGUCUACUUCCAUGUCACCGUGCUCAGUCUUGACUCCAUAAACGAGGAGUCUAUGACGUACGUUGCUGACAUAUUUCUGGCACAGAGUUGGCGGGAUUCGAGACUUCGACUUCCGGAGAACAUGUCCGAAGAGUAUAGAAUAUUGGACGUUGACUGGCUGCACAAUAUCUGGAGGCCUGACUGCUUCUUCAAGAACGCGAAGAAGGUCACCUUCCAUGAGAUGUCGAUACCGAAUCAUUAUCUUUGGCUCUAUCAUGACAAGACUCUACUUUACAUGUCUAAAUUGACCCUCGUUCUUUCCUGCGCGAUGAAGUUUGAGUCUUAUCCACACGAUACUCAGAUUUGCUCAAUGAUGAUCGAAAGUUUGUCACACACAACGCAGGACCUGGUGUUCAUAUGGAACAUGACGGAUCCAUUGGUGGUGAAUCCAGAGAUCGAGCUGCCGCAGUUGGACAUUUCGAACAAUUACACGACCGACUGCACGAUCGAAUACUCGACCGGGAACUUCACGUGCAUUCAAAUAGUGUUCAAUCUGCGUCGUCGUCUCGGCUAUCACCUCUUCCAUACGUAUAUACCGUCCGCGCUGAUCGUGGUCAUGUCCUGGAUCGCGUUCUGGAUCAAACCCGAGGCGAUCCCCGCUCGGGUCACUCUCGGAGUGACGUCACUGCUGACCCUCGCCACUCAGAACACGCAGUCCCAGCAAUCACUGCCACCGGUUUCCUACGUGAAAGCCAUCGACGUUUGGAUGUCCUCUUGCAGCGUGUUCGUGUUCCUAUCCCUGAUGGAGUUUGCCGUAGUGAACAACUACAUGGGUCCUGUGGCCACCAAAGCCAUGAAAGGAUAUUCUGACGAAGAUCUCAGGGAGGCCAUCGACGAGUUCAAAACGCCGAUGAGGAAUGAUUCCGAGAGAAGCAGAAGUCCGGUGAGACCUGCGACCGUUCAAUACGACACCUGCUGCCAGGGUCGGGCGACUGCGAUUUACAUCGACAAGUUCUCCAGAUUCUUUUUUCCGUUUUCUUUUCUCAUCUUGAAUGUCGUCUAUUGGAGCACCUUCCUAUAAGAUGGACCAGUUUCCUUUGAUGAAAGGAACAGAAGUGAGAAGAAAGAUGAAAAUCGUCGAAGGGCUUCGUUCGAACUUUGUUAACUGCUGCACGAUGAUAUUUUCAUUCGUUCGGAAAAUUGGAAAAUUAAUUUCAUCCUAGAAUCAAGUAAAUAGAAAAUAAGUAUCGCAGUUAACAAAGAUUCGAACGAAUUGGAUGGUUUUUCUACGAGAGAAAGUUUGCUAGAAAAAUUUUCAAUGCCUUUUAUAUAUAGAAAACAAGCACCGUCGAAUACGGUCGUACAUUAAUUUAAUUAAUGAUAAGUAUUUACUGAUUAAGUCGCGUUAACACGUUCGAGGGCAGAUAAUUAUCGUAAAACGAUAUCCAGAGGGUAGCAAUUUAAUCAUGACUGUAAUUAUGAGUCGUAUAAAGUAUAAAAAAUAGGAUUCAUCGUCGGUCUCGAAGGUGUUAAGGUUCCACAAAAAAUGUAUUAUAAUAUAUCGAUUGAUCAAAUGUACUCACCCGAUCCGAAGACACGUAGAUUGAUUUCUGAAACGUAUUGUCGCUGUAAUAUUUUGAACAAGAAAAAAAAAAAAGAAUCUCUGUCUACCCAUUCGUUCGUUAUAUGAGAUCGCAGAUUCUAAGUGCAAAUAAAAGGAGUACUAAAAUAUCUAGUGAACUUAAGUAAACUGUGACUAAGAAACAAACUUGUAGACAGGGUAAUGAAAGAGACGUCAAGUUUUCAGAAACAGUUCAUUUAUUCGUUCGAGAGAAUUCUGGCUUGCGUGAAUCGUGGUUUCCUGACUUUUGUCCCCUCUUCUUCCUGCCACCGGAUCGAUGAAACCUGCUCGCUGAAACCACUGAAAGCUCUCUAAAGUCGUGAAAGUUUCAGCUUGGA